AUGGAUGUGAAAGAGGAACCAAUAGACACAUUCUUCAAAGAAAACUUUGAAGAAAACUCAAAAUUUUUAAAUAUAAAACAAGAAUCAAUUAGCAACAAUAAAAUGCGUUUACAGAAGAUAGGGAACGUUAAAGUUGAACUGGAUGAUCAACCUUUUAAAACAGAUAUUAGUGAAGAUUUCUUUGAAAACUGCAGAACUGUGAUGGAUAGGUCUGAUUUAUAUAACCAUCAACUAAGCGGUGAUACAAAAUCGGAAAUUUUAAGUGAAGACUUUUAUGUGCCUUCUAUUAAAACUGAAAUAGAUAUACCCGAUUUUGUAGGAACACAGCCAAGUAGCAGUAAACCUUACAAAGAUCUAAAAUAUAAUAUAAAGUUAAUUAAGAAGAGCAUUUAUGAAUGCCCGGUUUGUUUAAAAAGAUUUCCUUCACUUUGGAAAAGAAAUAAGCAUUUUAAUACACAUUUUGGUUUUCGAUCAGCUUUUAAACUUAAAAAGGGCAUCAAACCUAAUCUAGAUUGGAGGACAUCAAAAAACAAGAAGAAAUACUUCAAGCUUCGUCUUCGAACAAAUAUAGUCACAUGUUACCACUGUGGAAAAUUAUUUAUAGACAGAAAACAUUUUCUUCUUCACAUGAUCAAUUACACAACUAAUGGGGUUGCUCCAAGCAAAGAGAUGUUGAUUCCUCAUGUUAAUAAUUUGAGUCCAACUAAUUCUGCAGAACAAAAACCUUUCAGAUGUGAAAUUUGUUUGAAACAGUUUUCGAGGAAAAACCACUUGACGUGUCACAUGCAGAGACACGAUCUUAAGGAAAUGUUCGAGUGUGAAAUAUGCUUUAAGAAAUUUAUCUAUAAGUACAAUUUAGACUAUCAUAUGCGUUAUCAUACUGGUGAAAAUUUAUUUACGUGUACAAUUUGUUACAAAAGUUUUUCAAGGCAAGAUCGUUUGAAUCAGCAUAUGCCUCUUCAUUCGGAAGAAAGGUUAUUUAAAGUAAAGAAAGUAUACAAAUGCGAAAUAUGCCCAAAGCAGUUUGUCGUCAAGCAUAAUCUUAUGCUUCACAUGCGAUUCCAUAUUGGCUACAAACCGUACAAAUGUGAAGUCUGUCUAAAAAAUUAUGUUUCGCACAGUAGAUUAAUGCUUCAUAAACGCUGUCACGCCGCUGAAAGACCGUAUAAAUGUGAUGUAUGUUCGAAACAAUUUAUAGAAAAAGCAGGCUUAACUCGACAUAUGCAUUCUCACACCGGAGAAAAGCCUUUUAAAUGUGAAAUUUGUUCUAAGAGAUUCCAACGCAACUAUUACUUAAACAGCCACAUGCUUUCACAUACAGGCGAACGGCCCUAUAAGUGUGACGUCUGUUCAAAAUUCUUCAGAGAUAGAUCAAACUUGAAUCGACAUAUGCUGUGCCAUACUGGUAAGAAAUCGUUUAAGUGUGAUAUUUGCGAUAAACUUUUUAGAGAUGGAACAGGUUUAAGUCGACAUAAGCGUUGCCACAGUGGCGAGAAGCCUUUUAAAUGCGAUGUCUGUUCGAGACCAUUUAGAGAAAAGUGUGCUCUGACUCGACAUAUGUUAUCUCACACUGGUGAAAAACCGUAUGAAUGUCAAGUUUGUUCGAAAAGGUUUAGACAAACAGGUACUUUACAUAAACAUCUUCGUACUCAUAACAAAAAGCCUAAAUCUAAUAAAAAAAAGUAA